CAUCCGUGAGCCUUGGCUCCAUGCUGACAGGAUACGUCCUACGCGAAGGACACAAACUGAAAGAAUACAGCUGUAUCAAUAAACUUACGGUUAAAGUUUGGCACUUCCCACACCACGGACCAAUACUCGUGCGCAAAGAAAAGUACAGCAAUGCCAAUCUACGCAACUGAGACUAUAAAAUGGAGUGUAUUUGAUAGCGCAAACGGUGAAACGAGCAUCCAGAUCCCCCAGCUCCAGUGCCAACUGCAGCCUUAACAAGCGAGCCUGUAGGAAGGUAGAGGGUUAAUGUAGAGACGGGGAAACCUGAUGCUAAUUAAGUCCCUGGAAUGCCACAUCCUGACAUUCCCGUCCGGAAUCAUCCAGGCUUAGUCAGAAGCCCUGGAUAAGGCAGCGAGCGGCGGGACAUGGACACGUCCCGUUAUUUGAAUCCUUACUGACGUCCGCAGGACCCACGAACUGCAACCCAAAGGCUCAACGAGGAAACACCUUCAAAAUGACAACAUUAAAAAUCUGGCUUUUUCUCUUCUGCUGGACCGCUUUAACGUUUGCCAGCGUGAAAAGCUUUGAAGAAACAUGCAGAGGAACGCAUUGCUUCGGCGCGGGGAUCGCGGACCCGAAGCCCUGCUCCGGGACCCAUUGCUCGGGGCGACAUGUCAGACCCAUUCGGCAGUUCCCGGCAGGGACGCAGGGCUGGUCAGCACACAUCGCUCCCAGCCACCACAGCGGACAUCCGAGCAGCCACACCAGGGUGCAUUCAGAGCCGUUUACGAUCGUUAAUCCUCAUCGUGGAGCCGGAGACAUGGGCAAGCAGGGUGCCCGGGGAAGACCCACCGACGGACUGGGUGCGGGGUGUGCCGGGGCGGAUUGCGCCACCCCGCACCGACAAGGGAGCAACAUCACAACGGAUUGCUGGGGGAUAGAGUGCAAACUGCCGCUCAGGAUACGGCCGAAGCCCAGACCACGACCGUGCGCCGGAGAAGGAUGUUCCGCCAGUUCCGACCACGCAGAGAGUCAGGCUCCUCUGCCCCACAUGCCGGACAGGGCUGCCCAGUUCUUGGGGGAGUUUCCAGACUUCGGAUACCCAGCGUCGGAUCUUGGCGGUGCCCCCCUCGGAGUUCAGCUUACUUGCGACAUUAAACCAGGGGAGAAUGAGGUGCCCUCAGAGGAUGCCCUGGUCCUGCAGCUGCAGCUAGCUAAAGGGCAGGAGCAGUUGGUGGAGGCACUGCGGAGCCAGACCACUGCGAUCCGGGAGCUGCAGCAGCGGCUGGCGGAGCAGCAGAGCGCCCUGAUUGGCCAGCAGCGUGAGAUCCUACAGCAGCAGCAGGAGAUGCUGGAGCAGGUGGCAGCGGUCAAGGCGCAGUAUGGGACGCUGGCUGAGAUGCUGAAGCAGGUGUCGCCGCAGGGUCUCCAUGGCGACAUCCAGGGCUACUUCGCGAGCCACCUGCAGAAGUCCUACGCCGUGCACAAGGUGGACUUGGAUGCCAAGGUGAUGGAUAUCGGGCCCCUACCAUCAGCACCGCAGCACUGCGGAGCCUGCGAGCCCGAGGAGUACUGCAACUUUCAGAGGGAGCCCCCCCAGUGCGAGAGGUGCACCAUGUGCCCCCCUGGCUUCUUCCUGGUGUCGCAAUGUUCGCUGAACGCUGAUCGCAUAUGCCAGGACAGAGAUGAAUGCCUUGAAUUACCAAACCUCUGUGGCGAACGAAUCAAAUGCCUCAACACUCCAGGUGGAUUCAGGUGCCUGGGUGUCUCCGAGAGGGAUGCCAGUGCCGGUUUAUGUGGACAUGACUACUUCUACAACAUGGAGCUCCAGGAGUGCCAGGCAUGUUCUGAUUGCGACGGGGAGUCGGUAGUCUUGGCCUGCUCAGCGGUCAGCGACACCAUGUGCGGCUCCCCCUCUGAGAACAGGCUGUCCCGGGCCUGGGCCGCGACGAUCCUCCUGCCCUUGGCUAAGGAGUCUGCCGGGCACAUCUACCCCGGCAUGCAGCUCAGCAUCCAGGGGAAGGAGGAGGGCCAAGGCCUGCUAUCCAACACGGACGGAAGCCUGGUGUUCCAGCAGCAUGGCCUGCUGUGGGGCGACUUUAACUUUGCCCUGAGACACAGCUGCCGGAACUUCCUCCAGGUCUCCAUAAGGAUGAACAACAGCGAGGAGGGCCUGGAGCUCAGUGGGGCGCGAGUCGAGCAACCAGAAGGGAAGUACUACCAGAGCGUGAGUGUAAGCGGUACGGCAGAAGUGGAGCCGGAGCACAUGCUGUCCCUGUCCCUGAAGAGCCCCAACCAGUACUGCAACCAGAGCAAGGACGUUCACGUCUACGAGCUCAUCACACCCUUCAGCCUCUUCUGGCUGUCUCACGACACGGGUGCCGUGACCAUGACGGCCCAGACGUCCAUGUCAAUGCAGUACCAGACAAACUACCGGCCCACCUUCAAGGUGACAUCCAUCUCGGACCCCUACAUGGUCAGUCUGUCGCAUGACGGCCGGGCUGUGAGGUUCACUGACAAAGGGGUGGUGAAGUUCGUUUUCCAGCAGGCUGUCUACUCCAUGGGACAUACCUGUGUGCGGGACGGCUUCUCAGUGGCAGCCUACCUGAACUCCAAUGGGACCAAUUCAGAGAUCACACAGGCAUUCAAGUCAGGGGUGAACUACCGGGACACAUCCGUCUCCGUGUCCGGGGUCAGUGUGGUCGAUGCUGGUGACACACUAAGCUUUGAGAUCCAUUCACCGGCACAGUGCAACGUCCGCUACUUUGGUGACAACUCCGGCAUCAGCACGAUGAGCCUCGUCUGGAUCCCCUCUGCUAUCUCCGUUGCCCUGUCAUCCACUGUCUCCAAGACGGCCCUACCGUCGGGGGCCGUGCGCAACAAGGCACUGCUUUUCCGCCAGGUGACGCCUGGAGUGGCACAGGUGCAGCUGGUGGCUUCCGGCCAGUGGGCGAGCAGAAACUUCGUCUUUCGGGAGACUGGCAUAGCCAGCGUCAGCCUCAGCCUCAAGAUGAUCCAUUCCUGCAACGUGGUGAAGCUCACGCUUCACCGCCAAGGGAGUGAUCGGCUUCAGCCGGCGCCACUGGCCCAGCAGGUGGGCGGACACAUGCCCGAGGGCACUGACUGGACCAGCGUGGGUCUGAGGGCCUCCUUCGAGGUCCAGAAUGGCACUAUGGUCUUCGCCACACUUGACUGUGUGCGCGGACGUGUCAACCAGAUCGCUCACGAAGGGGCCACUGAUAUCUCCAUCCUCUGGGUGGCUGCUUGAUUCACAGCAACUGGUUCCGAAAAGAUGCUGUGAAACACAUUUAUGGUCCUUGGGACCACGACAUGUGGCACAAAAUGCAUUUUUGGCGUGCGUCAUGUGACUUUCUUCAGUUUACGUUGUCAUGUUUGUGUGACUUGUGGAUGGGUGUAGUGUUUUAUCUAAAGCUAAUGUACAAUGCACAUAUUUACUGAAGUAAUCUAAAAAAAAAACACUUCAGUAUUUUAUAACACUGAUGCUCCAUUUUCUAUCACAAGUAAAUGUUUUUCUUAAGGGCUCUUUUCUCUAUACAUGUAGGCUGGUUGAUAACUGACCAAAAUCAGAGGACUGUUUUCAUUGCAUUCACUUCUGUGUGUUAUUUUCUAUACAAACCAAGUAUCAAUUGUACAUUAUUUUGUGUGUGCAUGUUUGAAGAAGAAAUACGUAAAAUGUUUUCAUUCAAGAAAAUAUUUUAUUCAUGUAAUCUACUGUAAGCGUACAGUACAGUUGAUUAAAAAAAUGCAUCACAUGUAAUUCAAAUAAGCAAAUUUAAAGUCGUGAUAUUCAAUAUACUGUACACCAUUGUUUCACAGAUAAAAGACUUUUAACAAUGACAAAUGUCAGUUUAGUUUACAGAGGUUAUCUGCAGCUGUGCAGUUACAUACAUCUUUACAUAUGAGAAGCCCUGUGGUUGGGCAUUGGCAGUUUAAUAGUGUUACUUGGUGCUAUGCCUUAUCAGUGGCAUGAGAUUUCACCCCAUACAGCCUCAUGAAAACCUUAUUUAUCAGCUUUUAUGGGACAGUAAUAAGCUGCAUCUUAUGAGUCGGGACGAUGACACUUGAAACACGGUAAGAAUUUUAUGGGUAACGUCUCGAUAUUAUUUACCUAUAUAUGUAAUUAGUGUUUAUACCCCUUUUGCAACUAAUAAAAUUCACGUUUAUUUUGACAGAUAUA